UUGAAGCUAAUCUAAUGAAGCUUCUUUUUUAUUUUCAUUUAGCCCGAAAAUGUGUUAGUGAGUUGGCAAUUCGUUUUCGACGGUUUUCAACGCGUGUUUUACUACAUUGAUUCUUCUUUUCUAAAUAAUUAAAAGGAUAAAUACAAAGAUUAAACAAUGGCAACUACAUCAAAGCCACGCUCUGAAAUGACUCUGGAAGAAUUGGCAAAAAUAGAAGAGGAAGAAUUUAGCACGGGUCCCCUUUCCGUACUAACACAAUCGGUAAAAAAUAACACGCAAGUACUAAUUAACUGUCGUAACAACAAAAAGCUACUUGGUCGAGUAAAAGCUUUCGACCGGCAUUGCAACAUGGUGCUGGAAAACGUGAAAGAGAUGUGGACAGAGGUUCCAAGAACAGGAAAAGGAAAAAAGGGCAAAGCUGUCAACAAAGACAAAUUCAUCUCCAAAAUGUUUCUCAGAGGUGAUUCAGUCAUACUAGUGCUAAGGAAUCCACUAGCAACGGCUGCUGGGAAAUAAAAUAAACAUUGAUUUAUGUAGUUUAUUUGCAUACAUACAUCAAAUUUUUCUUCAAGACAGUGUUUUGUGGGGUUAUAUAAAAAAAUAAUAGUGCUUUGUUUUAACCAAAAAUUAAUAAAAAUAAUGUGUGAUGUAGGUAUGUUAAAUAAACCAAUAUAAAUUGUCUAUUUCGAUAAGUGUUUUAACCUAAGAUUAUUUCAUUGAAUUUGUCAUUCAUUAUAGUCACAAUAUUUGAAAAUUAAUUAUUCCAAUAAUUGUGUACUGAAGACAUCUUAUGAGAUAAAUAUGAAGGUUUAACCAGUACCAGCUAAGUUUCAUACAGUAAAAGUAUUUUGUAAGUGUC